AUGUCAUCAGACUGGAGCCAGAAUCCCAGCCAGAAACUGAAACGUCUUGGCAUCGACGAGCUCUGGGAUAACGUCAGAGCGGGAAUCCAACAAGUGUAUGCCAGACAAAGUAUGGUGAAAUCCAGAUACAUAGAACUCUACACUCUUCUUUAUAACCACUGUUUACAAAUGUCCCCUCAAGUCCAGACUAAAUCAAAAAAGGAGCAGAAGCUGAGGGAAGAUGAGAAUGUUAGCUUUGAAUUAUACAAACGAAUUAAAGAAUUUUUGAAGAAUCACCUGACAAAUCUUCCUAAGGAUGGAGAAGAUUUGAUGGAUAUAGGAGUACUGAAGUUCUACACUCAACAAUGGGAACAUUACCAGUUUUCGAGCAAAGUGCUGAAUGGGAUUUGUGCCUGCCUCAAUAAACAUUUACUUAAUAUCGCAUAUAGUCACAAAGUUUGUCAAAUAUAUUCUCUCGCAAUGGUGACUUGGAGAGAUUGUCUUUUUAGGCCAUUGGAUAAACAAGUAACAAAUGCUGUUUUAAAACUGAUUGAAAAGGAAAGAAAUGGUGAAUCCGUCAAUACAAGACUGAUAAGUGGUACUAUACAGUCUUACAUGGAACUGGGGGUGAAUGAAGAUGAUCAGUUUGAGCAGGGCCCUAUGCUUACAGUGUACAAAGAAGCCUUUGAACCUCAGUUUUUGGCUGACACAGAGAGAUUUUAUACCAGAAAGAGUACUGAAUUGUUGCAGCAGAACCCAGUUACUGAAUAUAUGAAAGAGGUGGAGACUUUUCUGCUGGAGGAGCGGCGGAGAGCCCAGACCUAUCUUCACCACAGCACCAAGGGCAAGUUAGUCAGGAAAUGCAGGCAGGUGCUCGUGGAGAAACACUUGGAGAUUUUCCUCACAGAAUUUCAGAAUUUACUGAACGCCAACGAAAGUGAAGAUUUGGGUCGCAUGUAUAAGCUCAUAUAUAGAAUCAAGAAUGGCCUGGGAGAAUUUAAAAAACUCCUGGAGACACACAUUCAUAAUCAGGGUCUUGCAGCAAUUGAGAAGUGUGGAGAAGCUGCUUUAAAUGACCCCAGAAUAUAUGUAGAGAUAGUGUUGAAUAUCCAUAAAAAAUACAAUGCCCUGGUGAUAUCAGCAUUCAAGAACCAUGCUGACUUUGUGGCUGCACUGGACAAGGCUUGCAGAGGCUUCAUAAACAACAAUGCAGUUACCAAAAUGGCUCAGUCAUCCAGUAAAUCUCCCGAGUUGCUGGCUCGAUACUGUGAUUCCUUGUUAAAGAAGAGUUCCAAGAACCCAGAAGAAGCAGAACUAGAAGACACACUUAACCACGUGAUGACUGUCUUCAAGUAUAUGGACGACAAAGAUGUGGUUCAGAAGUUCUACACAAAAAUGCUGGCCAAAAGGCUUGUCCAUCAGAACAGUGCAAGUGAUGAUGCUGAAGCAAGCAUGAUCUCUAAGUUAAAGCAAGCUUGUGGUUUUGAGUAUACCUCCAAACUUCAGCGGAUGUUUCAAGACAUUGGUAUAAGCAAAGCUUUGAAUGCACAGUUCAAAAAGCACCUGAUGGAUUCAGAGCCUUUGGACUUAGAUUUCAGUAUUCACGUUCUGAGUUAUGGAUGGUGGCCCUUUGAGGAAUCUUGUACAGUUCUCUUGCCAUCAGAGCUGGAACCAUGUUAUCGGCGCUUCACAGCAUUUUACGCCAGCUGUUACAGUGACAGAAAAUUGUCAUGGGCAUAUCAACUGUCUGAAGGAGAGUUAGUAACAAACUGCUUCAAAAACAAAUACACUUUGCAUGCAUCUACAUUCCAGAUGGCCGUCCUGCUCCAGUACAACACGGAAGAUGCUUACACCGUUCAACAGCUGACAGACAGGACUCAGAUCAAAAUGGACAUUGUGACACAAGUCUUACAGAUUUUAUUGAAGUUUAAGUUACUGGUUUUGGAAGACAAAAGUGCAAAUGUUGAUGAGGUGGAGUUGAAGCCAGACACCUUAGUAAAAUUACAUUUUGGUUAUAAAAGUAAGAAAUUAAGGGUUAAUAUCAGCUUGCCGAUGAAAAUUGAACAGAAGCGGGAACAAGAAACUAUGUACAAAAACAUUGAGGAAGAUCGCAAACUGCUGAUCCAGGCGGCCAUUGUGAGAAUCAUGAAAACGAGGAAGGUUGUAAAACACCAGCAGUUACUUGGAGAAGUAACGACUCAGUUGUCGUCAAUAUUCAAGCCUCAGAUCUCAGUGAUUAAGAAAUGCAUUGACGUUCUGAUUGAGAAAGAAUAUUUGGAGCGAGUGGGUGAUGAAAAGGACACCUACAGUUACUUGGCUUAA